AACAUAGGUGGAUUGCCGCUCUCAAUGGCGUGUUCUUAAAAAAAUACAAAUAGAUAAAAAUAAAAAAAGUCAUUACAUACUACUUUAAACGCGACGUAAUUCAUCGCUACAUAAUGAGGUUUGCAUUUUAAUUGGUUAAACACGCCUUCUGUCGCCAAAACACACGGCUAAUCGAGCGUUUUAGUCAACAUUGUGACUUGAGCACCCCUACGCGGCCGGCGGAAUGGUUCGGGCCAACAUUUCAGCCCGACUCCUGCUUCCCGCUGACUGCGAGUCAUGAAGCCCGUCAAACAUACGAGGCAGGGCCGCGCUCAAAGUUGGGACGGGGGCGUCUGUAGCCGGAGAGUCGACGAUAUCGAGGCUCCGUGACCACAGAUAUGCUUACAGUUCCAUUUUUGUGUGCGUCAGUCGAGUGAGCGGGCGAUUUUCUUACUUUUAGGCGAGGGUACUUAGUUAAUUCGCAGCCUUAAACCAACUCUCCCUUAAAUCAGACCGAGAAUGAUUUUUUCUAAUACUGGAAACCCACUAAGGACUCAGUUUCGCAAGCAGUCACCUGUUACCCUACUGUCUCACCCCAUGGCUCCACCCAGCCCUAGUAACAACAGCAGCACCAACAACAGCAGCAGCAGUAGUACUGCAGGCUGGGAGCAACUCAGCAAAACCAAUCUCUAUAUCAGAGGGCUGUCCCCAUCAACAACAGACCAUGACCUGGUCAAACUCUGUCAGCCGUAUGGCAAAAUUGUAUCAACAAAGGCCAUCCUUGACAAGACUACAAACAAAUGCAAAGGAUACGGCUUUGUGGAUUUUGAUAGUCCCACUGCAGCUCAGAAAGCUGUGGCUGCCCUAAAGACCAGUGGAGUACAAGCUCAGAUGGCAAAGCAACAAGAACAAGACCCAACCAACUUGUAUAUCUCCAACCUGCCACUGUCAAUGGACGAGCAGGAGCUGGAGAACAUGCUGAAGCACUUUGGCCAGGUUAUAUCUACCCGCAUCCUGAGGGACUCAAGUGGAGCAAGCAGAGGGGUGGGCUUUGCCAGGAUGGAGUCAAAGGAAAAAUGCGAUGCAGUCAUUUCUCACUUCAAUGGCAAGUUCAUCAAGACGCCAGCCGGUGUACCAGCACCUGCUGAACCUUUGCUUUUCAAGUUUGCUGACGGUGGGCAGAAAAAGAGACAAAACCAAAACAAAUUUCUUCAUAAUGGUCGAGGUUGGCUUCGAGAUGGAAACACCAGACUGGCCGGAAUGACACUCACAUAUGAUCCAAGUGCAGCCGCAAUGCAAAACGGAUUUUUCCCACCGGCGUACAGCAUUUCAAACAGGAUGAUUGCUCACACGCCCAUGUCCACAUACAUGUCUCCAGUUUCAGCAUACCAGGUGCACAACCCGUCGUGGGUGCAUCAACCCUACAUCAUGCAGCACCCUGGUGCAGUCAUAUCGCCCUCUAUGGAGCCAUCAUUGUCACUGCAGCCCACAUCCCUGAUGACUCCACUGGCACAGCAGAUGAGUCAUUUGUCUUUGGGCAAUGCAGGAGCGUUCAUGGCCACCAACACUCCCAUGCCAGGUGCUUACAUCCAACAGUACACGCACAUGCAGACAGCGGCUAUUCCUGGAGAAGAAAAUGGAGUCGUGUCUCAGAUGGACACAGCCGGCAACCCUUCCCCGUACGCCUACCAACAAACCAAGUAGUGCCGACUUAAUGUUUGGACAACCACUCAGCAAUACCGGCAAAAAAAACGCAAUGAACGCAAAAGAUCCUUCACUGUUUUGCAAUUGUCGGACUCGUGAGGCUAUUUUUGGAAUUGUGUUUGAAGAGUAUAAAGAAUACUCUACAGUUUAUCAAAUGAUUUUAACAACUACUAAGAACAAGUUUUGAAAAGGUUUUUCUAUUUUCGUACAAGAAACUGUUUAUUUUUUACCAAAGACUGCCAGCAAAUCCAAGAAAAAAAACGUGCAUGGUGAUAAAUGUCUCUUUUUCAGCCUGA